GCGGCCUGAGCAGUGUGUGUGAAUAGGAGAAAGCCGGCUAAGGCCGCGAGGUGGUGCGGGAGAAGGAAGAUGAGCUCCACAGAGGAGCCUCCCAGUGACUAUCCUCUCCAUGCUCUGGUAUGGACCAAUGACUACAGGAGACUGGAGAGCGAGCUGCAAGAUAAGGACGUAGAACAGCUGGAUCCACGAGGUCGGACACCAUUACACCUGGCAGUCUCUUUGGGACAUUUAGAAACUGCAAGAGUUCUUUUGAGGCACAAAGCUGAUGUCACCAAAGAGAACCGUGAUGGAUGGACGGUUCUUCAUGAGGCGGUUAGCACAGGAGACCCAGAAAUGGUACAGCUGGUCCUACAGUAUAGGGAAUUCCAUAAAGCGUCCACAGCACUUGGAGGAGUCCCUGAGCUGUUAAAAAAAACUUUGGAGGCGUCUGAUUUUUAUGUCGAAAUGAAGUGGGAAUUUACAAGCUGGGUCCCACUGCUAUCUAGAGUAUGCCCAAGUGAUGUAUGCAGGAUAUGGAAAAGUGGUGCUAAACUUCGAGUUGAUGCCACUCUUUUAGGAUUUGAGAAUAUGAACUGGAUCAGAGGAAAGCAUAGCUUCAUAUUUAAGGAGGAAGAUAACUGGGCAGAACUGAUGGAAAUAAACCAUGAUGACAAGACUGUCACAAAGGAACGCUUUGACAUCUCUCAGGAGAUUGAAGGCAUCACUUUAGAUUCUAUGCAGCCAGCAGAAAGAGAAAUCACCAAGAGGCUUACAUCUCCCGUCAUCAACACCUCGUUGGAUACAAAAACCAUUGCCUUUGAACGGACAAAGUCUGGAUUUUGGGGCUGGAGGUCGGAUAAGGUUGAAGCAGUGAACAGCUAUGAAGCCAAGGUGUAUUCUGCGAAUAAUGUUAAUGUUGUGACUAAAACAAGGACAGAACAUCUGACAGAAGAGGAAAAGUCUCGAUACAAAGGUGACAGAAACUUUUUGGAAUCUUUACUUGGGACAGUUGAGCAUCAGUUUGGAGCCCAGGGGGACCUCACCACAGAGUUUGCCACAGCAAACAACCCUACUGCUAUAACUCCUGAAGAGUAUUUUGAUCCAGAAUUUGAUCUCAAGAACAGGGACAUUGGAAGGCCAAAGGAGCUUACAAUCAGGACUCAAAAGUUUAAAGCCACAUUGUGGAUGUGUGAAGAUUUCCCCCUGUCCUUGGUGGAACAAGUCACGCCUAUCAUAGAUCUCAUGGCCAGAACAAGUUCUCAUUUUGCUCACCUUCGAGACUUCAUCACUCUGCAGUUUCCUCCAGGCUUUCCAGUCAAAAUAGAAAUCCCUCUAUUUCAUGUUCUGAAUGCAAGAAUUACCUUUGGAAAUGUGAAUACCUGUUCCAGGGCAGAGGACAGUCCAGCCUCCACUCCCAGAGAGAGUCAAGAUGAGGACUCUCUUUUGCCAAAAUUUGAGGUGGACCAAUCAGUCUUCGAUAUCCCUCCAUUUUAUCAUGUACAGGAGAAUGGGAGGAGCCUACAUAUACGAGAUGAAGAUGAUGAGAUAAUGCAGUUUGCUAUUCAGCAGAGUCUUCUAGAGUGCAGUGGAAAUCAGUAUAUGUCACCAAGCCAUUCAAACGGGAGUAUCUCUUCUCAUCAGGUCUUUGACACACAGUAUGAAAGAGCCCUGCAGGAGAGCCUUCUUGGCAAUUCCCAAAGUGCCCAUUCCAGCCUCAGUAGCCAGUCUCCGUCUCAGUCUCUGAGUUUUGACAAAGACUUACAGUUUGCCAUGGAGCUCUCAGCCAAGGAGCUGGAGGAGGCAGAAAGACAACGCCAGCAGGAAGAAGCUCAGUUGGAAGAGAUCUUGCAGCUUUCCCUCAUGGAAAAAUAGACAUUUAAAAAGGAAAAUAAAUAAAUAAACAGCUGUAAAAAUGCCUAUAAUACGGGUCUUGCCCCUCUCCUGCUAAAAACCAGCAGCAUCGCCAAGUGUGGGGGGGGCCAAGAGGUUCCUCCACAGGACAAAAGAUCACUCCACGGACUCUGCAUCUACCAAAGAGCUGAGACCUUUUUGAUACACCUUUUCUUCUCUGCUUCCUAAUUGCAAAUCUGGGACCUUUUCUACCAUCAAGUUUCUUAUAUACAGCUGCAGAUUUCUGUUUUAACCCUUUGAACCCAGAAACGUGCACUCUACAGACCUGGCACGCUAAUUUUUAUGCUUGCGGCGUAUAUUCAGUGUCGUUGGUAGUCAAAGGGUUAAUAAAGAACUGCUGUAGGAAAAUAAAAUGAAGUAAGAAGUUUAA